ACUGAUAGAAGUAGUAUAUCAAGGUGUAAAAUGCUCAAAGAUAUCACUUGCAUCUUUACUAUACUGAUCUAUAGCUUGUAAAAUAGACGUAGGCCAGCAUAAAUACUAGGUUUUUGGGGGUUUCAUAUUACGAUUCUUUGCUGUGCAGCUCCUACAUAGUCCCAAAGAUGAAUCAUAGCCAUGUGGCGCAUAGCGUCAACAUUUUAUGAUAAUGAUCAUAUCAUCACCAACAUGGUCGUCAACCUCAAUUAAAUGUUAUUUUUACAUCCAACAAUCAAACCUUUUGAUCAUGAAAAGAAGGCCAUUUUCCCUUCGAAGAAUGGCAUUCUAAAAUCACUACACUUGGUCCAAAAUGGCAAAACCUUGGUAUAAGAAUUCAAAGCUCCCAACUUAACCCUUCGCUGACGUACUGACGAUUCUGUGCCGUGCGUUUUGCGAUGGGUGUGCGGUAGCUGGACGCUCCUGUUGAUUGACAACUUCCGAGAUCGACCCCGACGAAGAGACAAUCUUAUCGUCCAGAUCGACCAGUACUUUCCCAUAUCGCUCAACUACAAAAAGACAAAGACAUUGGACGAUAUCGCAAAAUGGGUGAUAAAAUUGUUCCACACCAUUGGUGACCGUUUCAGAUCGUUGGUGAAACCGUAGUGCUGUACCGGACAAAACACAGAAACGCGCAUUUGUGUACAGGAUGUCAUCCUUACUAGCUGCCUGGUGUAUCGUCGUUCCGUAUCUGUUAGUGUUGUUAAUAUUGUGCGCCUCCAAUGGAGAUACUUCUCCAGUGCUGCGACGAACGAAACCGUCGAAGAUGGGCAUGUUCUGGACGACGAUGCGGAACGCAUCCGCACCAUCAUCGUCAUCUUUUCUAUCGGCUGCAUCCAACAUGGUGUACCGUCCGCAACUGAUAAUCGAUCGAGCGUCGGUUAGUAAGGUGGCCGGUGGAACGAUUGCGAAAAACGAACAAUUCCCGCAUCUGGUUGCAAUCAUUCUUAUCUUUGCCGACGGUUCUGACACGCUGUGCGGUGGAUCUAUUCUCGCCGAUCGUUACAUUCUAACUGCCGCCCACUGUCUGUAUGGAAUGCACGAAGCGACAAUUAUUCCCGGUCAAACGGGGAUACAGAUUCCGUUCGCAGCUGAUACCGUUACCGUGACGGUUAAACCCUCCGAUACCAUCCUACAUCCGGGCUACGAUCCGGUUGAUAUACUCAACGAUAUUGCACUUAUCCGUCUGCCCAAACCACUUACCUUUUCAUCCCGCGUGCAACCGAUCCGUUUACCGUCCUGGACGAAUGCGUACACCGAUCUUACCGGAUAUGAUUCGAUAGUGUCCGGUUGGGGCGCUCAAUCGAACGAUGACUAUGCUGAGAUUGCGGACGAGAUGCGGCUCGAACUGCAUUAUGCUACCAAUACGAUUGUCCCGAAUGAAGUGUGCUACCGAGUGUAUGGGUCGAUCAUUCGCGAUCAACAGAUUUGUGUGGCGGGUGAAGGUGGUCGCAAUCCUUGCCAGGGUGACUCCGGUGGACCGCUGACGGUGAAGUUCGAUGGCCAUCGUCUGACGCAGGUCGGUAUCGUUUCGUACGGUUCGGUUCUUGGCUGCCAAAAUGGUGUACCAGGCGUGUAUACGCGCGUCUCGUCUUACGUCGAAUGGAUCGUUUACCAUACGGGAAUAGUUACGUAGAUGAGCUUCAGUUUAAAAAGAGAAUCCUGUCUGAUAUUGUGCUUAUUUAUCUUUUAAUAAGCAUGUAUAUCAAAUCGCACAGAUCGACAUCUGCGUUAAACAUAAUGUAUAAAAACUAUUCAUUUAAUCUUUCAAGUAAAUGUGAACAGUUUUUGCAUUGAAAUAAAUAAAAUGGAUAUAAAUGUUUACAA